AGUACGUACCAUCUCUAAGGUAAAGAUGCUCCCUCGGGUCUAUCGAACCUGCCUUGAGCAUUGUCGCUGUGUAGAGCUGGCGCUUGUACUGCCCGUCUCACUUGCUGCUUCCCGGCGUUUGACAGACUUGAGAGGCUACAAUCAAGCAGUCCACUAUCAACGUGCAUGUAGGUAGCCUCCGAAUGUGCAGUUUGAACUGAUUAGCCCGCACACACACAUGGAGCCUUCGACCAUAGCUGUCAAGCCAUCAUCAGGCGUGCACCUUGACGGUCACACGUUGCCAGACGAGGUCCGAAUCCUCACCCUCAAUUGCUGGGGCCUUAAGUACAUUUCUCAACACCGCCACGCACGGCUCGUCGAGAUCGGCCGCCAAAUCGCUGCGGCUGACCCACCACCAAACAUUGUAGGACUCCAGGAAUGCUGGACGCAAGAAGACUACACCGCGAUCCGGGCUCUGACCAAGCACAUCCUACCUUACGGCAAAUUCUACUUCAGCGGCAUCUUCGGCGGCGGACUGAUCAUCCUGACCAAAUGGCCAGUCGAAGAAAGUUCGAUGUACCGCUACCCUCUCAACGGCAGGCCGAGCGCUUUUUGGAGGGGAGACUGGUACGUAGGCAAGGGUGUUGCUUGUGCGAGUAUUCGAAUCGGACCAGGCGCGAAGCAUGUGGUCGAGGUCUUUAAUACGCACUUGCAUGCUCCUUACGCUAGCGAUCGCGGAGACAGCUAUGCUUGUCAUCGCGUAGCUCAGGCGUGGGAGAUUGCUAAGUUGAUGCGGCAUGCUGCCGACCGUGGUCAUCUGGUGGUAGGCUUGGGAGACUUCAAUCUGGAGCCCGAAAGCAUGGGUCAUCAGAUCAUCGAGGCAUGCUCGCCGGUCAGGGAUGCUUGGACGGAAACGAAGGCAUACAGAUUCUCAGAUUCGGCACGCUGCCGACGUACUGCAGCGUCAACGGUGGAAGAAUGCUUGGUUAAGCACGGUACGACUUGCGAUAGUCUGGCCAACACGUGGAGAUGGAGCAAGCAGAUGCGGAAGGAUCUUACCAAAGGGCACGAGAGAGCGCUCGAUUCCAACACAAUGGCAGACCCGAAUGCGAAACGAUUGGACUACGUCUUUACUAACGCUCAGACUCAAGGCUGGCAAGUCGUUCAGGCCGAAGUUGGCAUGACGAUGCGCCAUCCGACGCUCCAAUGCUCGUUGAGCGAUCAUUUCUCGGUGGAAGUAGGCCUUGAGCAUCCAGCUAGGUUAUCUGCACCGGUUUCUUCAGAGUCUAGCACUCUACCCACCGAGACCUACGACCGGAUUCUGGAGCUGAUAGCCAGCUACACCGCCCGAGAACGCAGUUGGCGAAGAUGGCGACUCACGCACUUCGUUGCCGAACUCGCCAUCUCCAUAGCCUGCUUGGUCGCGGUGUGGUGGUCUCCUUACAGUCACGUUGCCUUUAUUCUAAUGCUGAUAAGCACGCUGGGUUUGAGUGCUGGUGUGCUCGACGGUCUAAUGGGUGGACUCUUCGUAAGCAGUGAGAUCAGAGCGUUGAAGGAAUUCGAAUGGGAAAUUGAGAAUGCGAGGAAGCGCGCAGCGGACACCGUGGGCGGUGAAAAGUCUGCACAAGAGCGAAGAUUGAGAGUACUUGAGACGAAGACGCUUGUUCGAUCAUCAGCAUUAGCAGGGUGAUUCACAAGCUACUGAGCAACCGCAGCCGGUUCAAC